AUGGAGCGCAACAAUGACCCAGGCCCUUUAAAGGGUUCACAGUCGGCCACUACACGUAGCGAGCCUUCAGAAACAGAGUGGCUAGACAAGGAGCUCUCUGGUCAACUUCUGGCGUUGAUUCGCUCAGCAAAGUCAUCUGAUGGCGACCUUGGCGCUCUCAGGAGUCGCUCGCAACCGGACGUGUUCCAGUAUCUCUGGAACAAUCGCUGCUUCAAGCCUGGAAGACCUCCGGUCGAGUUUCUGCUUCUUGAGGACAUGUGCAACAAGCUGGGAAUUGGCUUUUCGAAGCUCAAUGCGAAACAGCCCAAGUUUUCCCAGCCACCACUCGAUCCUACAUUCAAUUUGUGGUUCGAGAAGAGGAAACCACCUCGAAGGGCGAAGGAUCCCAGGAGCCCAUUGCGAUCAAUCAAACAGGAGAGUCCCGUCUCGCCGACAUUGGGCAGCGAAACCCAGCCUGGUGCUUCGAGCCACUCAGCCAAGACGUCACAGACGUCGUUAAACCAAGGCAUGAGCGGUACUGUCCCUCAGAGCCCCAUCCCUCCAAACACUGCUGCCGCGGGCUCGAGCGCCCAGAGAAGUGGGCAAGUUGUCGGAAAUGCCAUCCGCAAGAACCAGGAGGACGAUGGGUACAUCGGAACGGAGUUGUUGGACAUGCAGGCUCGUGGGUAUCUGAAGCUGGACAUGGUUAGCACCUGGAGCGUGCAGGAGUAG